GGCCUGUCACCAGCACACACACUUCCUGUUUUUGUGACCUUAACCUUGCAUGUGGAGCGGAGGGAUUGCAGACAGUCAUGACUCUGGUUACCGAUGCCUUUGUGUCGCAGAUAGCAGCUGUGGAACCAUGGCCUGAAAAUGCGACUAUUUAUCAGCCAAAGAAAAGUGAACAGGUUCUGCUUUCUGACAAUGCAUCCUGCCUUGCUGUACAGGCCUUCUUACAAAUGUGCAAUCUGCCAGUCCAGGUGGUUUGUAGGGCAAACGCUGAAUAUAUGUCUCCAUCUGGAAAAGUUCCUUUUAUCCAUGUUGGGAAUCAAGUAAUAUCGGAACUGGGACCAAUAGUGCAAUUUGUGAAAGCCAAGGGCCAUUCACUCAGUGACGGCUUGGAUGAAGUCCAGAGGGCAGAGAUGAAAGCCUACAUGGAACUGGUUAAUAACAUGCUUUUGACAGCAGAGCUAUAUAUUCAGUGGUGUGAUGAAGCUACACUAGAGGAGAUUACUCAGCCUCGGUAUAGCUCACCAUAUUCAUGGCCACUCAAUGUUAUCCUAGUUCUUCAAAAGAAAUGGGAAAUUAAGAGGAAAAUGAAAGCCAUUGGCUGGGCUGGGAAGACUCUGGAACAGGUUUAUGAGGAUGUAGAUCAGUGCUGCCAGGCCUUAUCACAGAGAUUAGGAACCCAGCUCUAUUUCUUUAAUAAACAACCCACUGAGCUGGAUGCUCUGGUAUUCGGACAUCUGUUCACAAUCCUCACCACUCAGCUGACUAAUGAUGAACUCCGUGAAAAAGUCAAGAAUUACAGCAACUUGAUUGCUUUCUGCCGAAGAAUUGAGCAAAACUAUUUUGAAGACCAUGACAGGGACAGUUCCACUGGGUCUUCUACGAGAUUGUCCAAAGGUCCAACACUGCCUUAG